CCGUAUCGUAGUCAUCUCAACUCUCACCCCUCUUCCAGUCCACCUGCAAAUGUCAAUGCCAUUAGGCCGCACUAUUUGACUUCAUUAUGCCUAAAUGUCGUGGUAAAGACAUUACAGAAGCCACAAUUGAGCAACUCCAGAAAUGGCUUACGGAUGGCGCAUUUUCAGCUCGCGACCUCACCAGCUGCUACUUAUCUCGUAUUGAGAAACUCAACAAGCGCUUGUGUGCCGUGAUCGAAGUCAAUCCCGAUGCCCUGACAAUCGCAGAGGAGCGCGACAGAGAGCGCGCAAAUGGUCAAUAUCAGGGUAUCCUUCAUGGUAUUCCAUUUCUAGUCAAAGACAAUAUCGCCACGAAAGACAAAAUGCAGACGACAGCAGGCUCGAGCAUGUUAAUCGGCACCGAGGUACCUGCAGAUGCCCAUGUGGUUUACCUUCUGAGAAAAAAAGGAGCUGUACUGCUAGGUCAUACAAAUAUGUCCGAGUGGGCUUCUAUGCGGUCUACUUACUAUGCCGAGGGUUAUUCAAGCCGCGGAGGGCAAAGCAGAAAUCCUUAUAACCUAGCAGAACAUGCCGGCGGAUCAAGCUCAGGCUCGGCAAUAUCGGUAGCCACGAAUAUGUGUGCGUUCAGCCUUGGCACAGAAACUGAUUUAAGCGUUAUCCUCCCUGCGGAUCGUUGUGGUGUCGUCGGGAUCAAGCCGACGCCAGGGUUGACCUCAUGUGAGGGUGUAAUACCGGAAUCUCAUAACCUUGACACGGUCGGCACGUUUGGACGAACAGUCGCAGAUGCUGCUAUUGCUUUGGACGGUAUAUAUCAAGGCAGCAAGUCAUUUGCCUUACAUCUUGCUGAUAUAGAAGCUCUGAAGGGCGCCAGAUUCGGAACUCCAUGGCUAAGGAUAUGGAAGAAAGCGGCCUCAGAUGAAACAAGUAGGAUACAAUACGAUGCCUUGCAGGGUUUGUUACAGAGGGUCAAGGAUGCAGGGGCCGAGAUUCAUCCAGUCAACCUUCCCAGUAUAAAAGAGGUUGUUCCUCAAAAUGGUAGUUGGGAUUGGGAUUAUCCGUCGUCCAGAGGUCACCCAGAACGAUCAGAGUUCACCGUGGUGAAGGUAGAUUUUUACAAUGAUCUUAAGAAGUACCUUUCGAAUUUGAUCACAAAUCCGAACAAUAUCAGGGGCCUUGAAGACGUUAUUGCGUACAACAUCAAUCACACAGAACGAGAAGGAGGCGUUGCCGGAACACAUCCAGCAUGGCCCACUGGCCAGGACAGCUUCGACAAAAGCUUUAGGUCUGCGGGAAUCGAGGACAACAUAUACCACUCAGCUCUUGAGUAUAUUCGACGGAAGACUCGGGAAGAGGGGUUUGAUAAAGCGCUUUUCGUCAAUGGUAAAGAGCUCGAUGGCCUACUAGUUCCAGUGCAAGCAGAUGGUGGUGUCGCAUUACAGUUGGCGGCCCAAGCUGGUGAGUAGUUCGGUUAAUUGCAUUCGAAAAGACAUGGUUCGACAUGGCCUCAUUCUUUUCUAGGAUAUCCUGUGAUCACGAUUCCCGUGGGAGUUGAUGAAAAUGGUAGGUCAUUUAUCAUCUUGCAGAUCUGCAGCAGUAGACUGAGCAACUUAGGUGUUCCAUUUGGUCUCGCAAUAA